AGUAAAAGAAAAAAGGCUUUGUGUUGAAUGUAUAUACAGAUACAGUGACACUGGCAAUCACAAUACGUUCGAACAUGGUGAAGAUAUAUAAAAAAUGUACAUUUAGUCGACCACUGCCAGCAGCAUAUUUUUGAUCUCUUGCAUUUUUCCGUGCCCUUUUUUUCACCAUUGAUGACAUUAACAUACCAAAACCCAAGAAAAAAUCAACAACAAUAUAGUUUUGUGUUACAAGAAAGAAAAAAGAAUGCGUGUAAAAAUCUCAUUCAUUUUGGAAUGUGAUUAUCUGCAGUACGCAGAACGUUGUCCAUUUCGAAAGUUGCAAGUUUCAAUGCAGAAAUAAAAACAAAUGUAAAAAAUGGUUUUUAUUUUUAAAAAGAGCGACCGAAGAAAAAACACACAGAAACGAUCAGCGAUGAAAAUAAGUAAAAAUAUGUGGCAUGCAAAUCGAAUUGCUUACGAUUUCCGACCAACCGAUUGAAAAAAUGUCAAAAUCAAUCGAACCGCAGGAUGUGGAUAACACCAAGAAGCAACAACAACAGCAGCAACAACAACAGCAGGAAGAAAUUCGUGUAGAAGUUGUUCAGGAAGAGGAUACCGAGGAAAUUCUUAGCAUGCUUAAAACAUAUUUUUUCAAGGAUGAGCCAAUGAAUGAGUAUCUGAAAAUGGGCGAUUGUGUGGAAUUGGAGAAAUACACAACAAAAAGUAUUGGUGAAAAAUGUUCGUUUAAAGCGCUCAAUUCACGUGGUGAAAUUAUUGGCGUUGCAAUGAAUGGCAUUGUAAAAAAACCGAAGCCGGAUCAACCAUUUCAUAGUUAUGCGGCCGAAUGUAAGCAUCAACAAUUUAAAAAAAUUCUCACGCUCAUGGAAUACAUUGAUCAUCAAUACAGUACAUUCAAUUUGUAUCCGGAUAUAGAGAAAUUUUUAGAUGCCACCAUUUUAUCGGUGAAUGCAAACUAUCGUGGUUAUGGUGUGGCUGGUAAGCUAAUGGAGAAAACGAUGCAAUUCAUGCGUGAGCAAAAAAUUACCGUGAUUCAAAUGUUAUGCUCGAGCUACUAUUCGGCGCGAGUAUGUGAAAAGAUGGGCUUUAAAAAAGUCUAUGUAUUGCCAUUUGCUGAUUAUAAAGUUGAUGGUGAAAAUCCAAUUUUACCGAAAGAACCCCACACAGCCAUUCAAAUACUGGUACAAGAGAUUCAUUAGCAUGUAUAAUGCGGUUCAAUUCUUCUACCAACAGAAAUUAUACAAAAUCAACAAAAACAAUAAACUGUGUUUUGAAUUUUUGAGGAUUGAGUCAUUAUACACACAUACACCUGUGUUCUUUUCAUCUGCUCAGUAGACGUGUUAUAAGGUUAUUAUUAUUUACGCUUAAUAAAAAAUAAUAUGGAGAUUUUUUUUCUUUUUUUUUUUGCGUUCAUUGUUUUCGUUUGAAAACACAAAACAAAUCAUGUCUAUAGUCAAGAGACACAUUUGUUACGCGGGAUUAGCAUUUAAAUACGAUUGUAUUUUCUUCAUUUUUAAACGAACAAUAUUUAUAUUUUUUAAUAAGUUCAAGAAGAACGCAAGUUUUGAAACAUUUUUCGGGUGUCGAUUGUGCGCAAUUGAGAAAAACUCACUCCAAUAAAUUUACAGUGUCUAUAAUUAUGAAAGCGGCGAUUUUUUUUAUCUGUUUAACACAUAAUCCACAACCAUAGGAAAACAUUCUCCUCGAACUUAGUAAUAUUAUAUUAGACAUGGCUAUUCAAAAAGGCUCGCACUUAAUUCGUUCAAACCUCUAGCAAAUCGAAAGAAUUUCCAGAAUUCUAUUCCAUUUAUUGUAAAAAUCCAAAGAUUUUUGAUUCGACUGGGUUCAUUUCUUCUAAUUUGAUCAGUAUACCGCUAUUUUACAUAAUUUCAUUCACACUGCUAUGAUCAAGUUUUUGUGUAUGUUUUGUAAUAAAGUAACGAACGCUUAACUCAACGCAUUGCAUAUUGUAUCAGCGUUGAAUUUCGAACGAGCGUGAACCCUUUCAAUGAAAAAGUUUCUUAAAUACGAACUCGAUCUUUGUUGCAAGUAUUAAUUAUUUCACGGCCAAAGUGUUUAAGAUACACUAAAAAUCGGAAAAAAAUGUAUUCUUUUAAAAAAAAAAUAUUUUGAAUUGCUUUGCUAAUAGAUCUAAGAUAUGUUUUAUGACUGACAUGUGUGUAAAUCAUAGUAAUUGCUUGCAAUUAGUCAAGAAAGUAAAAGGUGAAAUCGAAAAUAAAAAAUCAAUUUGCACACGGCAAUGAGAUCAUCGAUAGUGUUGAAACAAAAUUUACAUUGAAUAAAAAUUGUUAUUGAGUUUGA